AUGAGCUGCAGGCCAGUCGUGUAUCUAGUGAUGUCAUUGACCAGAAAGUAUAUGAGAUCCAAGACAUUUAUGAAAACAGAUGCAGUCUUCCUGAUUUUGUACAAAGAACUGUAUUACAGGCACAUAUAUGCUAAAGUCAGUGGUGGUCCAUCCUUGGAACAGAGAUUUGAAUCUUACUACAAUUACUGCAAUCUAUUCAACUACAUUCUCAAUGCAGAUGGCCCAGCUCCCCUGGAACUGCCCAAUCAGUGGCUCUGGGAUAUCAUCGAUGAGUUCAUAUAUCAGUUCCAGUCCUUCAGUCAGUACCGCUGCAAAACAGCCAAGAAGUCCGAAGAAGAGAUUGAUUUCUUGCGUUCAAACCCCAAGAUCUGGAAUGUCCACAGUGUCCUCAAUGUAUUGCACUCCCUUGUGGACAAAUCCAACAUCAAUCGGCAGCUGGAGGUCUACACUAGUGGAGGUGACCCUGAAAGUGUGGCUGGAGAGUAUGGUCGCCACUCCCUGUACAAGAUGUUGGGCUACUUUAGCCUUGUGGGUCUGCUGCGUCUCCAUUCUCUGCUGGGAGAUUACUACCAGGCCAUCAAAGUUUUGGAGAACAUUGAACUUAACAAAAAGAGUAUGUAUUCUCGAGUACCCGAGUGCCAGGUCACUACCUAUUACUAUGUGGGUUUUGCAUACCUCAUGAUGCGACGCUACCAAGAUGCUAUCCGGGUCUUUGCCAACAUCCUCCUGUACAUUCAGAGAACCAAGAGCAUGUUCCAGAGGACAACCUACAAAUAUGAGAUGAUUAACAAGCAGAAUGAGCAGAUGCAUGCCCUCCUGGCAAUUGCACUCACCAUGUACCCUAUGCGCAUCGACGAAAGCAUUCACCUGCAGCUCAGAGAGAAGUAUGGGGACAAGAUGCUGCGCAUGCAAAAGGGAGACGCCCAAGUAUACGAAGAGCUGUUCAGCUACUCCUGCCCCAAGUUCCUCUCGCCUGUGGUCCCCAACUAUGACAACGUACACCCCAACUACCACAAGGAGCCUUUCCUGCAGCAGCUGAAGGUCUUUGCCGAUGAAGUCCAGCAGCAGGCCCAGCUCUCCACCAUCCGCAGCUUCCUGAAGCUCUACACCACCAUGCCCGUCGCCAAGCUGGCUGGCUUCCUAGACCUCACCGAGCAGGAGUUCCGCAUCCAGCUGCUGGUCUUUAAGCACAAGAUGAAGAACCUGGUCUGGACAAGUGGGGUCUCUGCCCUGGAUGGGGAGUUCCAGUCAGCCUCGGAGGUGGACUUCUACAUUGACAAGGACAUGAUCCACAUUGCAGACACAAAGGUGGCUCGCCGCUAUGGUGACUUUUUCAUCCGGCAGAUUCAUAAGUUUGAGGAGCUGAAUCGGACUCUGAAGAAGAUGGGCCAAAGACCUUGAAAGUCACCUUGAACCAUUCUCAAGCUGUCUGGCUGUUUUCUCUUGCAGGCAAAUGGAGUGGGAGGGGACAUGAGCUAAG